CUUUCUGCAAACAAAAAACAGCAGCGGCAAAACCUGGGUGGACUCAACAGGGGGCUGCCCCGCUAAAAUCACAUCCUCUAAGGCUAAGCAACACACUGAGCGCUACUGUGGAAAAGAAAAACCCGCCAAAGGAGCCACCCCUUGUGAGGAGAAGCGCCUCCGUUUCGUCUCCUCAGGGCGGCGCAAGUCGGAGGCGCAGGCGCAGUGGAGCAAGCCGGGCCUGUCCGCCAUUAAGCGCCCGGGAAGACUCUCGCAGGCCUUUUGGGGGUCUCCGCCUUUCCCCUCAGAAGUCGCGGCGGCGGCUUCGCCCGCCAUUUCCUACGGCCUCGCGGGGCGCCCGCUCGGACUAGGCCUCGCCUCCCCUCGGCCAUUAUGCGCCACAGCUUGGCCCAGCUGCUGGCGGCCCCGUCGGGCCAGGGGAGCCCCCGGGAGCCUGCCGCGGCCUGCUCGCUUCCCCGCGAGGGGAGCGUGGGCGGCAGCUCGGCGGAGACGGGCGACGACGAGGCCGAGCUGGCGGCGAACGGCGGCGACGAGGCCGAGCUGCUUUUCCCGGGCCUGGAACUGGACGAGUGGCUGGAGGCGGCCAUGUCGGCGGAGGAGGCCCGGCCGGACCGGGCCCGGAGCCCCGAAACUGCGGACCCGCCGCCCUUGCGCCCGCGCCCGGGCCGCGCUGGGGGGAGCAGCCGGCUGAAGGCGGCGGCGGCGGCCCGGCUGAACCGCCAGAAGAAGAAGCAGUACGUGCAAGGCCUGGAGAGCCGCCUGCAAGGCCUGGCGGCCGAGAACCGGCAGCUGCGCGACCGCAACCGAGGCCUGUGCCGCCGCCUGCGCGACCUGGAGCAGGAGACCGGCUACCUGCGGGCCGUGCUGGCCAACCAGAGCGCCCUGGGCCGCCUCUUGAGCCGCCUGGCCGGGCACGGCGGCGGCAGGGUGGGUCUGAGGAUCAGCAGCAGCCUCUGGGAGGACCCCCACGGAGAAAGCAGCGACCACGAUUACGCCCUCCCGGUCCCCAGGGAGGAAGAAGAGGAGGAGGACCCCGACCACCCCCACCCCCACAACGGGGCGGCUUCUCCCAGCCCCGCCGGCCUUUGCCUCCACGUGGACCGCGACCAGGUGUCGGUGGAGUUCUGCUCCGUCUGCUCCCGGCGGGCGGCCGCCUGCUCUGCCCGGGCCCCGUCCGCCUCCGCCCCUUCUCCCACCUUCGCCGCUAAAAUUUUCUUUUUUAGGUGCUUGCCCUGCCAGGCUCCGUUGUGUAGGGGUUAAAAGAACAGUCGUUUUCCACCUCGCAACCUGUGGAUACAGCUGUCUUGGGGGCAGAAGAAACGGGACCAGCUGGUGGCCACACUUCCUGCUUUAUUUUAAAAGGUAGUAUGAGAGAAAAAAAGGGAAAGGUAACAGGGCAUUUGCUGUCUUUCACGUAAAGAAAACAGAAUAAUGUGAAUGUUUUGAGUAACUUAUCUGAAAAGCUGAUACAGUACUCCUGUGAAAAGUGGUGAUGUAAAAAAAGCAUGGAUUAUUCGUAAUCUCAUUUGAUGGGUGAAAUUUCUUCAUCCAUUCCUCCUAGUGAAGACCAGCUGCAUGAUUCUAACCAUAUCUGUUCUUGAGGGCGGGCACACUGACUGCAUUGUGGCUUACCUCCAAGUCUAUAUGUUUAGGACUGCAGCCAGAAGGAGAUCUUAAAUCUGCUCUUCUCCUCAUUUGCUCCUCCUUGACAUUUGUGUCUGUUGUAGAAUCAUACACAUUCCCUUCUCAGAACUAGCAGCUUGUAUUUUUUUUUGGUGGAAGAAUGUGCAGCACUAGACACAGGAAACUGAGUUUCCACUAGACACACAUGAACAGGCAGUUUUCUGUCAGCGAUCUUUUUAGAAGUCCUCUAGAUAACCAUACUCAUGCUUUAAAUAAUACAAAUUCAGUAUAAUGAAUGAAAAUGAAUACCAGGGAAGUUUUAAUUCUCAUUUUACUUGGUAUUCUAUUCUUUGUGGUUGCUUCAAGGCUGCGGCAUAGUAAGAUGCAGUUCACAAUAUACAGUUCCUGUUGGCAAUUCUCCUGUGUCUUCCCAGAGUUUUAUUUCUUAGUUUGCUGGAGCCAUUUGCCCUAGCUCUUCUGCUGCUUUCCAUCUUGGAGCCAUUAUUCACUGCACACUUCACUGAAAGGUAGAUGCAUUUUUACAGUCACUUUUCACAGUGAACAUUUGCCUAGUAUGAUAUUACGGUGAAAGUGGAAAUCCAUUUCCCCUUCUCUUUUGUAUAAUGAAAAAAUUGUUGCUGUGCAAAAACACUCUGGGGCCUGAUUCUGUCCUCCACUUUGCAUGUGUGUCAUUGCCCCUUGGAAAAUAAGUGGCACUGAAAUACCUAUGGAACACUUGCUGAUUGUGCAGCAGGGCAAAUGACAUAUUUAGUUGGGAGAAACCCCCCCCCCCCCAGACGUAUGACUGCAGGGAUUUUUAGUGCCUCUUGAAGCAUGUUUAAACUAAAUAGAAAUUGCAAAAGUUUUUCCCCCUUUACUGAUUGGUUCGUGAAAUAUUGUUAAAUAUUUGUUCAACAUUCUAACCAUACUUGGAAAAUGUAUGGAUGUUUCUUUGUAAAUAGUUCUGUCCUACUAAUGAGAACACAGUGUUCUAAUAAAAAAAGAUGUGUUUAUCUUCUGGU